AUGUCUUUCGCUUCCUUCACUCUCUUCGCGGCGCUGGCAGCCACCACGGUUUCUGCCCAUGGAUAUGUGGAGGUGGCCACCAUCGGCGGUGUCAAGUACGAUGGCUACAAUCCCAACACGGACCCGUACAUGAACCCGCCCCCCGAUCGCAUCUUCCGCCCCAUCCAGGGCAACGGACCCGUGGAAGACUUGACCUCGCCGGAUUUCCAGUGCGGUGGCUACACCGCCGGUGGCGUCGUCGGCUCCAAACCCGCAAAGCUCACCGCGGACCCGGUGCCGCCUGGAACCGAGGUGGAGUUGAAGUGGACGCUCUGGCCCGACUCGCACGUAGGCCCGGCGUUAACCUAUAUGGCUCUCUGCCCCGGCAAUGAUUGCUCGGCCUUUGAACCGGGAAACGAAGCCGUCUGGUUCAAGGUCCAAGAGGAAGGCCGAUCGGGCACGAGCAACGUCUGGGCUACAACUCCUCUGAUGAAAGAGGGUGGCUCCAUCACCUACACCAUCCCUUCCUGCCUGGCCCCAGGAACCUACCUCGUCCGCCACGAGCUCAUUGCGCUCCACGCCGCGUGGGCCUACCCGGGCGCCCAGUUCUACCCAUCGUGCCACCAGAUCGAGGUGAGCGGCUCGGGCACCACCACCCCAGACUCGCUCGUCGCACUCCCAGGCGCCUACUCCCCGACCGACCCGGGAAUCACGGUCGACGCCUACAAGGCCCAGGAAUACAUCAUCCCCGGCCCGCCCCUCUUCACCUGCGGUGGAUCCUCCUCAGGCCCGGCACGCCCGGCCCCGGGCUACGGAGAUCCUACACCGGUUGAAGAGAAAUCGGACCCCGUCCGCGAGCCCGAGUCCACUCCUACCCCAACUCCCAACCGCAAGUGUUCAAAUAAACGUGGAAAUCGUGCUAAGAAGCGUGCUUCAAAGCGCGCGAAAAAGGCUGCUAAGCGUGAGGAGGCAAAACCCUAA